GAGUACGGCGGAAAAUGGGUAGAAGAGGCGAUUGGAUCCUAAGGUCCAAAGGUGUUGAUAAAGAUGAGUUCAGGAUUGGGGAAGCUGGGAAAAGUUGGGAGGAUGAAAAUGGAACGAAGUUUCUUAAAGAGGCAGGACUAAAACUACCUAAAAUACUAAAAGAUAUGUUAGUAAAAUUGAUGGAGAAAGCAGGUUGGGAUAAGAAGAGGUGUGCACAAAUACAAACAGUUGGAGUAAUUCAUGCUGGUUUGAUGAUUAUGAUGGUCUACCUGGACAACCCAAAAGGCUACAUCUGUAGGCUUCGACGUAGUAGACUGAUGGAGGUUCCAAACGAUGAAGAAAAUUUUUCAGACGUUUUGGAAAUCCUGGCAUCGGCUCUGAAUGUAAAGGCUGCAGUUCGAGAGAUGAUGAAUGCAGUAUAUACAAACAAACAACCGCAUAAAUCGUUUAAAACAGCCGAGCCAUUCAAACGACCUGACGACGACAAUAAGCACCGGAUAUUUCCGUGCUUUGACACUCCCAAGGCUAAAGUC